AUGUCAACUUCUAAGAAUAAAAGUUCAAAGUAUAUAGUGGAUAGUGACGAGGAAGCAGGUAAAAAAACUUUUAACAAGGAAGAAUCUCAACCAACAAAGUUAUCGGAAAAGAAAAGAGUUACGGUUAGAGAGUGGAAAAAUAUGGUUUUGAUAGAUAUUCGAGAGUUUUUUGAAGUUGAUGGAGGAACACCUAUGCCAACUAAAAAAGGUAUUUCAUUACAAUUGGAUCAGUGGGAUAAGUUGAAAUCAUUAGUUGAUGAUAUUGAUGAGGAAAUAAAAAAUUUAAAAUAA